AUGGACAACAAGUCUUUUGGGUUCAGCUAUGAGUUAAGCCUCAACCCAUUUGUUAUUCCAGCUGGAGGAAAGUACCCCAUUUUUUUUUUCGGCAUUGCAAUAUAUUUUUUGGCUAUUUUCUGCAACCUGACCUUGUUGACUGUGAUCAUCCUGAAAAGAAACCUUCACAAGCCUAUGUAUUUCAUCCAGUUUAGUCUUCCCCUCAAUGAUCUGAUUGGCAUAACUGCAAUGCUCCCAAAGGUGCUUUCAGACAUUGUUACUGAGACAAAUACGAUUUAUUAUCCUCUCUGUGUUUUACAAGCUUUCUUACUCCACAUGUAUGGGGGUGGAAUUUUGUUUAUUCUUGCAGCAAUGUCUUUUGAUCGCUAUGCUGCCAUCUGCAUGCCAUUACGCUAUAGCUCUUUCAUGACCCCCAGAGUUGUUGUUUUCAUAAUCUCUCUCGUUUGGGGUGUCGACUUUAUCUUGAUUGUAUCACUGUUUUCUUUACAGACAAGGCUUCCCAGGUGCAAAUCUGUGAUCAUGAAUGUGUUCUGUGAUAACCCGUCUCUACUCAAACUCACAUGUGGAAACACAACACUUAACAACAUCAUAGGAUUAUUUAACACAGCUGUCAUGCAGGCUGUGAGUGUGUCCAUUCAGGCAUUUUCCUAUGUGAAGAUUCUGAUCACGUGUGUGGUCACAAGGAGGUCUGAGGCAAAGAUGAAAGCUAUCAACACGUGUGUUGCGCAGUUGCUCAUAUUAAUCAUAUUUGAGAUUGUGGGGACGUUCACAAUUUUAUCUCACAGGUUUAAAAAUGUCUCAUCUGACUUGCAAAAGAUAAUGGGCAUGCUUAUAUUUCUCGUACCUCCGCUUCUGAAUCCAAUAGUAUAUGGGCUGUAUACGAGUGAAAUACGAAACACUCUUCUGGGAUUCUUAAAAAACAGAGUAUCUCUCUAA